AUGGCUGAAUGCCUUCUUAGUGACUCAUGGGCUCAGUAUGCCAAGCCGCUCAUAGAUUAUACUACACACCGCAUUCACCUCUGCCGCAAUCAGUUUAAGAAGGUGGUUGGUGUAGUCAUCACAAGUGUUCUCAAUCUUGCAACAAAUUCUGCAGCUCAGAACUCAUCACUCUUAGAAGACAUCAACUAUAUCUACUCUUGGUUGGCCAAGAAAAACAAGUAUGAAACCUCGAAGCCAUUCCAGGCCGAAGUGAUCAAAGAGGGCAUUCGAGCCAGCUUCUUCGUUGCCAACCAAUACAACAAUCUCAGCAUCAAAUUUUCUUACCUACUUUCAUCUUCACUCUCCACAGCUCCCGAUGAGUUGGAGGUUGUCAACCACAUGAUAGCCAGUGUUGCUACUGCAGUUGAAGCUUGUAUCCUGGACUUUAACAUUGGAAAGAGCAACAAAUUUGUUGGCCCAAGUCACGACAACACAUUCAAAGCACACAUGCUCCUCCUCACUAUGAAGCAGAAGAAGCCACUUGAGUAUCACAAGCUAACUCAUGGCAUCUAUUGUGCUGUCAUUGGCAUCUGCAGCGUUGGGUCUGCCCGACUUUCGAAAGAGCAAAUUAUUGCACAGGUUGACUGGGAAAACAUGGGUGGCAAGUCUGAUUAG